AUGGUAUAUAUUCCACUAAUUAAGUCGGCCUACGAAGCCAUCAAAGAGACAAGACAAGAAAGGCGAACAUCGGAAGAGAUCAAUGAGAUCCUCUCCAAGGUGUGGAAAAGCCCAGUCCCGCUUAAAGCAAGAGUCAUGGCCUGGCGGACGCUAAGAGAUAGACUACCUACUUGCGCUAAUCUUAGAAGAAGAAACAUUGUGCUGAAUGAAGUUGAUUCCGGUUGUAAUGCGUGCUUUCACGGCGAGGAGACGAUUAACCAUCUGCUUUUUCACUGCCCAAAGACUGAAAAAGUUUGGGAUGAUAUCUUUAGAUGGCUUGGCAUCUGUUUCGUGCGACCACAAAGCGUGGUUUCACACUUCCUUCUCUUUACCAACUUUGGAAACCGGAAAGAAAGUCGGAAAUUCCUUUUGGCACUGUGGUGCUGUGUUGCUUGGGUCGUUUGGAGAUGUAGGAAUGCGAGCAGAUUCGAAGAAAAAGCAUGGGAAAUUUCCAAAGUGGUCUCGGAGAUUAAGGUGAGAAUGUGGGGUUGGGGUAAGAUCUCCAGGUUUCUUAAUUCUGAUUUGAGCUUAGAUGGCUGGAUUGCGGGUGUUCCAACUCCUAUGAUGUUGUAA